UACUCUUGUCAUUCGGAAAAUCGCAUAGAACAUACAAAACCAUUGACAAACUAAGUAGGAAUAUAGUAGUAGCAAAUAUUUUUGUAUAAAACCAUGAGCAAUAAAUAAAUUAAAGACCGCGAUAAUUAUUUAACGAUAAAUAAUAACGAAAUACUCGAAGAACCCCUCAAUGGAACAAGUGGAAAAGUGAACGUAUCUCCUCCUCCUACUCCUCGAAAAUCAAAAGAAUCUUUUGCACCCAAUUCGAAUAGGAGGAAGUUAUUUUUGGAAAAUUUUGUGUGAGAUUUGAGAUUAUUGAAAUUCAAAGUUUUUGUAUGAGGAAAAGUGGAAAGUGUGGUGUGUGCGAAGAGGUGAUGUCUUAGCGAAAUAUUUGUUUUAUUUCAAAACAACAACAACAAAUUAAGUGGGCAAACAAAAGCAGUGAUCAAAAAGUGAACAUAAAUUAUGGAAAACGAGCGUUUACGUAUAACUCUGGAUAAACCCGAUAAACUUUAUAUAGCUGGCCAAACAAUUAAAGGAGAAAUUUGGUUAAAUCUAACCAAACGCACUAAAAUCAGAGCUGUCAAAGUUCAAAUAACCGGCAAAGGCAAAUGCAAAUGGAUGGAAAUACUGCGUAAAAACUCCAAUUCCAAUAAUGAAAGCACACGCAGCCUAUUCUAUUCCAGCAAAGAGAUCUAUGCCCACAAUGAGAUACCACUGUCGGUAUUCGAGCCACGAGGCAUCGAACUGAGUGCCGGUGAACACACAUUUGACUUUUCAAUGCCGCUGGAAUGGAAUCUGCCAUCAAGUUUUAAAGGUAGUCAUGGUUCGAUUAAGUAUAAGCUGCGCAUACUCAUACAGAGGCCAUGGUCCUUCGAUGAACGCCACUCAAUACCCAUAACGGUAAUGAAGAAUAUGCCUUUACCUCCAAUGUAUCGCUUGAACCCCACUCCCCUAGAGAAACAAAUAACCAAAACCAUUAGCCUAUUCGGUUCGCGUCCCAUUAGUAUGUUGGCACUGCUGCCCGAAGAUUUUGCCGUCCGUGGAGAGCCAUUGAGGAUUUGUGUUACGGUCACCAAUAAUAGUGGCACGAAUGUGGAAAAACUACGUUUUUGUGUACUCCAAUAUAUCUGCUACUAUAGCCACUUGCCGCUGAGGGUACAAAAAGUGGAAAUUGUACCGUUGACAAACAAGGAAACCGGUUCGGUGCACAAAAAGAGUGAAAGGUCAUUUGCCCAUGAACUCUUGAUACCCGAUACGGCUCAACCCUCGGAUGAUGAGUUGUCGGGCGUCAUCAACAUUUCGUAUGAGUUGAGGGUGGAGGCCGUUUUGAGGGGCUUCUUUAAGAAUCUUGUCUUGAAUAUGCCUUUCAAAAUGUAUACCAAUGAGACUGAAGCAUCGGUGCGUCAACCUACACGUCCUUCCAUGCCUCCCGAUGGUGGAGAUAUGGGCGUAGGCAAUCCUUUUGAAACUUCCUCGGGGUCUGGUAUGUAUCCGCCUUUGGAAAGCUCCAUUGGUUCGCCCUCGCAUUCAUCACAAUAUAGCAGUGAGUCGAGUUCACUGCAUUCCACCACCUCUGAUUCGUCGGCAGCUACUUUGAGUCCAGCGGUGGGGGGUACCGCACUCUCCUAUACCUCCGGUUCUUCAUCACAAUUCAAUAGUCCUCUAAAUCGUGCUAGUUUACGUAGUAAUUCUAAUGUACCAUAUAUGCCUUAUUCAAGUAGUCCGCUGAUGAUAAGUUCAUAUCCACCACCAGCGGCCCAUAUGCCACCCUAUCCGCCCUUAUCGGAUUCGCCGCAGUAUUCGUUAAUGCCACAGCCACCACAAUCACAGCAGGGUACCACACCAACAGCCACCCCUCCCAGGGCACAUUUGACCUCGGCCCAAAUCAGCAGUAUCAGUGGGCAUUAUGCUUCGGUAACAUCAUCCACCUACAUGGCCAUUAGACCACCACCCGGCGCACAUGAAUUGCCUCCUUCUUAUGAAGAACUUUUUGGUAGUGCCACUGCUCCACCGGAAACUCCAAAAUGAAGCACUUAAGGCGGCUUCGACCACAGACAACCUAAAGCAUUUGAUAAAGUGACAUGACAUUUAUAGGAAUAUAUAUAACAUAUAGCAAAACCAAACAAUUUGGAAACAAGUUACUAGACCCAUCCCACCACAACCCUCUACCCCCCAUGCAGGUUGACAUAAAAAGGGAUUUAUUAUAACUAUGAUGAAAAUAGUGAUGGAAAAGUUAUUAUUGUAGCAAAUUUGAAAACAAAAAUGAAAUCCCAUACAUACACCCAUACACCAAACCUACAUAUUUAAUGUAAAAGCUUCAAAGCCAAUUAAGCUUUAAGCUUAAGCAGCAAAUUCAAUGUUCAUUAAGAAGAAGAAGAAAGGAAAACAAAAAGUUAAUUAGCUAUGCUUAAAAAAUACCCCUGGUCAAAGCCCAUUGGAAGUAUGGACACUUGAAGAAGAGAAAAGUUGGCACAACAAAGCUUUGAGGGAAAUACACAUAUGCCUAUAAGGCUUCAAUAACUCAGCAGAUGUCUAAAAACAACAUUUCUUGUUUGUCCAUGACUGAACGUACAUAGCGACCAGGUUGGUGGCAAACAUACUUUCGAUUUUCUCUAAUAAAAGCACAGUAAUGAUAAAAAUUCUCAACAGAUGGCGCUCAAAAAAUAAACUGCUUUCCACUAUGGUACAGUCCUCAUACACAAGUAUAAGCCACUUUUUGCCAAUUAAUUUCACAGUUAUUUGCCAUUUCGGAUUCUCGGUAUGUGAAAACCCCCACACGAAGUUAAUAUUGGUCUACGUUUUACUUAUGUAUCUACUAACUUAAGGAUCUAUUACACGGUAUGUAGGUGUCUUAUAAGAUGUCAAAUUUAGCUCAUGUAGAGUUGUACAUGUCGUGUGAUACAAAUGAAACAAGAAAUGCGCCAGGUUGUUCAACCUACAAUUUAUUGUGCAUCUCCAAGGAGGAGAGCCAGUCGUCAUAUCGAUGUACAGUCAUCACAAUUUACCGUGGGCGAUGUUACGAAUGUCAUCCGUGGCGCCAAAUCAUCCAAGGCAUUGGGCCCCGAAGGAAUCUCUACACUGAUGCUGAAGAAUCUGUAUUUACCUGGAGUUGAGUACCUUACCACUGUCCUCAACCUGUCUCUGAACACUCUUAUAGUUCCCGAUGUCUGGAAAAUGGUCCUCGGGUCCUACUGAUGCCUGGAGAGGACACGAGUUUGGGGGAGUCGUACAGGCCGGUCUAUCUUCCCUCACCAGUAGCCACAACG